GGAAGGAGUGGGAGGCGAAUCGGUCCAGCGGUGUGCCGCCGAAUUCCUGCUGGUUGGCGUCGUGGAGAGCCUUCAGGGCCUUCCUGAGGGAGCUGUUGAAGUGGUCGCCAGUCACAGGGUCGUCUCGCCACUCCCCGGCACUGACGUCCACGAUGCGGAAGAGGUGCCCGGACCUCGGAGCCUUCUCCCUCCUGUCCAGGACCAGAACAGGGGAGGCGCAUGUGGCUACUUGCCUCGUCUGGGCUUACAGAAAAUCGCGAAGUGUCUGUCCCAGGUCAGCGAAGGCUGGGGGUUGCUCGGAGAGGGGCACAAGCAGGCCCUGUCCGUAUGGGUCAUUCUUCUGUCGUUUGACGUGGAGGCGGAAACCCUGGCCUCGCCCGAGGUCCGUCAUGUCGUCCCUCGUGAGUGUUGUCACCUCCGAGAUGCGCCUCAUGCCGAAGAAGGCUAUGAGGGCCAUGAUGCCGUUCCUCGUGGUGCCCAGCGCCCCAUAGUUCAGCCAGAAGGGGAUGAGCCGCUGCAGCACCUCCACUGGGAGUGGUUUCUUCGGCCGAUACGAGGCGUCCAAGGUGCGGUGGAGCCCCUGCAGGAAGAGGCGCACCUGCGGCUUGGUGAAGGGGGGCGGGGGGUGGUUGUGCACCUUGUGCCACGCCUGAGUGGCCGACCGCAGCUGCUUCACCUGGGACCAGUGGCGGUCCUUUGCGAAGGCGGCGAAGGCCCAGAUGGUCUUCUCGGGUGAGUCGAGUGGGAGGAGUGACGGGAAGUCAUUCUCGGCGCGCCGCAGGACGCCCUCAUACGCCUUCUGCGUCGAUGGUGCCCAGACCGCCCCGAAUGCCUUCCUGACCAGCUCGGCCACUUCCGACGCGUCGCUCGGUGCUUGGAGGCGGUCGCUUGACGUGCCUUUGACCGUGCAGAGGCACGGGAUGGGGGCAGCGAGGGAGUGCGCUUGCAUCUGGGUGGGUGCGAUGGUGCCUGUCCCCCUGCAAACUGCGCACACCGGCGAUGACCUGAAGGCGCAUCCAUGACACGGAGAGGGGAGUGAUGAGCGGCUGCAUCUUGCUUCUUGGUAUGCGUGCCGCACUCAUGCACAUCGCCACGCACUUGCCCGUGCCCCCCUAUGGGUUGUAUUAUGUGUGUGUGUGCCUGCAGGUGGUUUGUCUGCCGCGUGUCCGGGCCAUUGUGGCUGUCGUCACAUUCACGUGCCAUGCGCAGUCCCUGUUUGAGUAUCAUUGUGGCCAUCGCCAUACUCCUGUGUCAGUCGCGGUUCAUGCACGAGGUGCUGUGGCUACCGUCAUGAUUCCUAUGUGACCUGCCGUCGCCAACACUCUACGACUCGCUGCCCCUCGUGUGUCCGGACAGGUAAAGUACGACCAUGGGGAACGGGGCGGGUUGGCGAAAGUGCCAUUGUGCAUCAAACGACUCCUGUGCUUCUGACGCUGUCAGUAGGGUGUUCA